GCCUGGGGGUGAGCUGGAAGUGGGUGAAGAAGAGACCGACGGCAUGAAACGCUUGUUGGAUCUUACCCUAGGCAGAACGGAUGGUGUGAAAAACGAGUGGAAGAUUGAGGUUGGAAUGCGACGCUCCGUGGAUGCCUAUCCCUACAUACCAGCUCACGUUACUAAACCAAAAGAACACACAAAAUUGCUACUUGUGCAAAUGCCAGAAAAAGAUAGGGGGGAGGGGGUUCAAAGUGGAAAGUUAACGACGAAGUUGUGGAAAGCGGUAGGACAUUCAUCAUCACCACUUUUGACUAGAAGUACACUGCAAAGAGGGAAUGCUAUGUUUGCCGUUCCGAAAAACUACAAGCUAGUGGCAGCUCCGCUAUUCGAGUUGUAUGACAAUGCUGCCGCUUAUGGCCCGCUUAUUGCCAGUCUUCCAAUGGCUCUUAGCAGGUUCAACUUUAUCUACAACGGCGUUGUGUAAAA